AAAUUUUACAAUGCUUUUAUAGUGAAAUGAAAUGCAAAAAGAUGACUCUUCAAUGGUAUUUCAUUUAAACUGCGGAAAAAAUGUAUGUUUAUCUAACAACAGGCAAGUAGCUGAAAGAACUGGAGAUAGCUUUGAUCAUGGUGUUACUUUUAGUUCACGACCUUUGCAUGUAAAAAACUCUGAAAUAUUUCAGUUAAGAAUUGAAGCUAAAGAGGAUAAAUGGGCAGGCUCACUGCGUUUUGGAGUUACAACGUACUGUCCCGAUGGCCUGGAAAUGGGUAAACUCCGUGCAUUGACUGAUUUCAUCGGAAAUAAAGAGAAUACAAAAAAAUUUUGGAUUUGGUCAGGUCAUACUAUACAUCAUUAUCAAAAAGAGACCAAGAUAAAUUUAAAUUUGCAUUCACUAUCUGUAAAUGAUGUUGUUGGUCUGCAAGUUCGACCUAAUGGUGAAUUGCAUUUUUACCAUGAUAACAAACGUCUUUUGAAGAUACAAACUGGUGUGCCGGCCGAUCAAGAUUUAUACGUUGUCUUUGACGUUUACGGAUCAACCAAACGUGUUUCGUAUGCUGUGAAAGGUGGAAAACUGAAAGAGUUGUGCAGAAGAAAAAUAUUAGAAAUUGUCGAAUUUGAACAAAUUGACAAAUUGCUGUUACCGAAAACAUUGAUAUCCUUCCUGAAGGAAAAUUAUCAUUUAAUGCGCGUCCCAGGGAAGAGAAAAAGAGAUGAAGAAGAUGAAAUGGGACCCGAUAAGAAGAGGUUAAGAUAGCACUGGAAACCAGUGGACUGUGAAUGACUGAUGGCAUUAGUGAAUGACUAAUUAGGAGACCUUGGAUUUUGAAAUGUUAUAAAUGAUCUGGCAAUCUAUACUCCGGGUUAUUGAAAAAUUCAGAACUAGAUGGAAUAACAAGAAUAUGGGAUACCUGUUAUGCCAGACAGUAUGCCUAUGGUUAGGUAGAUAUUUUGCCUCCACAACAACGUUCGUUUGAUUUUAGUAAAUUUGAUAAGAUUCUAACGCCUGUUAUCAAUGGUGGUAUAUUUUCAAUAUAUAACUUCAGGUAUAAUAAAGCUGCACGAAACCAUUCUGAACACACGAAAUAAGGCUAUUGUACUACAAUCAGUAAGAUAAUUGUCGCCACAAGUGGUUAUCUCAACUAUUUCUAUAUUAGAUUUUCGCAAUUUAAACACAAAUGUUCACAGUGAAGUCCACAGUGAACUCCUGUUCACAGUAAAAUCUCCUGUAGAUAUUAGUUCACAGGAUUAGAUACUAUUGAUAACUACUAGUACACAAGAAUUCGUGUAGUGGGUCCAUAUAAAUAGAUCGCAUUUGCUAUUUUGUA